UGCCCCCCCACGCCGGCCGUGUGACGGGGCCGUUAUAAGCUCGGCGGGGCCCCGCCAACAGUACUCAGCCGGCGGACACUUGCCGUCGUCUCACCGCAGCGCAACGAGCGUCCCAGCUAGCUGACACAGCCGGACGACGCCAAGAUGGGGCCGGUGCUGCUGCUUCUGGCGGCGCUGGCAGUGGGCGAAGGGGCGGCCAAAGCCGUGCAGCGGGUCGCCUCCGUCGAGUGCUCCAACGACUAUAACGACGGCGACUCCAUCUACAACUACACCGCCGAGGACAUCUGGGGCGAGCGCAACAUCAGCCUCUCAAAGUUCCGCGGCAAGGCGGUGCUAGUCGUCAACGUGGCGACUUACUGAGGUUUCACUCCCCAUUACUAUGGACUGAAUGCACUACAAUCCAGUAUGGGGGAUGACCUCGCUGUCCUCGGUUUUCCUUGUAAUCAGUUUGGUCUGCAAGAGCCGGGCGCCAAUGCCACGGAGAUCCUGAACGGCAUCGCCUACGUGCGGCCGGGAAGCGGUUUCCAGCCCAACUUCCAGAUGUUCGCCAAGACGGACGUCAACGGAGACAACGAGCACCCCCUCUUCACAUUCCUCAAGAGUCGGUGCCCUUCCACCCGCACUGGGUUCUCCGACAAGUACAGUCUCGAUUACAACCGAUUCCUGUUGUCGGACGUCCGCUGGAACUUCGAGAAGUUCCUGGUGUCCAAGGACGGCCAGCCAGUGAAGCGGUACGACCCGAGCACGGAGCCGCUCUCCUUCCAGCAGGACAUCGUCAGCCUGAUCCAGUCGGCGCCCAGCGUGUUCUCCAACAACCCACACUAACUGCUCCGCACAGUACGUUCCCUCUCUCGCCUUCUGGACACGUUCUUCAAGCCAAAAUAUGAAGCCCCUAAACAUGCAUCACAUCACUGUUGACCGAGAAAUUUUUGAAACUUAGUUUAUUUUCUGUU